UGCGGCUUCUAGGGCGGCGGCCGCUGCAGCACCAGCGGCCCAGGCGGAGAGGUCCGAGGCGGCCGAGCAAGCAAGGGAUGGGGAGGACCGGGCCCCUCACAUCUUCAGGGCGCGCGAGCGGCUCCGGGGGCGCACAGUGACGGCGGCGGCGCUCCUUACCGGGCAGCACCGACACUGCUUCUCCAGAGAGCCCGCGGCCGGCGGCGAGCCGGGCCAUGCGGAUCGCCCAGGGCCGGGCCAGGCCUCGCUGACCCCGGCUCCGCGCGACGGCCUUCCCCGUUUCCGCUCCGGCCUCUCGGCAUGAGAGUCCUCCCGGGCCCGGGGCCGCGGCUGCCCCAGACCCGCCGCCCGCGGGCGCGCUGCGGGCCCGCGGGCCCGUGGUGCUGAUCCCAGCCCACCGCACUGCGCUGGCCGCCCGCCCGCUGUAUGCCCCGGGAGCGCGGCCAUGGAGGUGGUGGGCGACUUCGAGUACAGCAAGAGGGACCUCGUGGGACACGGGGCCUUCGCCGUGGUUUUCCGGGGGCGGCACCGCCAGAAAACUGAUUGGGAGGUAGCUAUUAAAAGUAUUAAUAAAAAGAACUUGUCAAAAUCACAAAUACUGCUUGGAAAGGAAAUUAAAAUCUUAAAGGAACUUCAGCAUGAAAAUAUUGUAGCACUCUAUGAUGUUCAGGAAUUACCCAACUCUGUCUUUUUGGUGAUGGAGUAUUGCAAUGGUGGAGACCUGGCAGAUUAUUUGCAAGCUAAAGGAACUCUCAGUGAAGAUACUAUCAGAGUGUUUCUGCAUCAGAUUGCAGCUGCCAUGCGAAUCCUGCACAGCAAAGGAAUAAUCCACAGGGAUCUCAAACCACAGAACAUCUUGUUGUCUUAUGCCAAUCGCAGAAAGUCAAGUGUCAGUGGCAUUCGCAUCAAAAUAGCGGAUUUUGGUUUUGCUCGUUACCUGCAUAGUAACAUGAUGGCUGCAACCCUGUGUGGAUCCCCAAUGUACAUGGCUCCUGAGGUUAUUAUGUCACAACAUUAUGAUGCCAAGGCAGACUUGUGGAGCAUAGGAACAGUGAUAUAUCAAUGCCUAGUUGGAAAACCACCGUUUCAGGCCAAUAGUCCUCAAGACUUAAGGAUGUUUUAUGAAAAAAACAGAAGCUUAAUGCCUAGUAUUCCCAGAGAAACAUCACCUUAUUUGGCUAAUCUCCUUUUGGGUUUGCUUCAGAGAAACCAAAAAGAUAGAAUGGACUUUGAGACAUUUUUUAGCCAUCCUUUUCUUGAGCAAGUUCCAGUAAAAAAAUCUUGCCCAGUUCCAGUGCCUAUGUAUGCCGGCUCUGUCUCUGGAAGCUCCUGUGGCAGCUCUCCAUCCUGUCGUUUUGCUUCUCCACCAUCCCUUCCAGAUAUGCAGCAUAUUCAGGAAGAAAACUUAUCUUCCCCACCAUUGGGUCCUCCCAACUAUCUACAAGUGUCCAAAGAUUCUGCCAGUACUAGUAGCAAGAACUCUUCUUGUGACACGGAUGACUUUGUUUUGGUUCCACACAACAUCUCGUCAGACCACUCAUAUGACGUGCCAAUGGGAACUGCUGGCAGACGUGCUUCAAAUGAAUUCUUGGUGUGUGGAGGGCAAUGUCAUCCUAUUGCGUCACCUCACAGUGAAACGGCACCAAUUCCAGUUCCCACUCAAAUAAGGAAUUAUCAGCGCAUAGAGCAGAAUCUUACAUCUACUGCUGGCUCAGGCACAAAUCUACAUGGUUCUCCAAGAUCUGCAGUGGUGCGAAGGUCUAACACCAGUCCCAUGGGCUUCCUCCGGCUGGGAUCCUGCUCCCCGGCGCCAGCAGACACAGUACAGACAGUUGGACGAAGACUCUCCACUGGGUCUUCCAGGCCUUAUUCACCUUCCCCUUUGGUUGGUACCAUUCCUGAGCAGUUUAGUCAGUGCUGCUGUGGGCAUCCUCAGGGCCACGAAUCUAGGAGUAGAAACUCCUCAGGUUCUCCAGUGCCGCAGGCGCAGUCACCACAGUCUGUCUUACUGGGUGCUAGGCUGCAGAGCGCCCCCACCCUCACUGACAUCUAUCAGAACAAGCAGAAGCUCAGAAAACAGCACUCUGACCCCGUGUGCCCAUCCCAUGCUGGGCCUGGGUACAGCUACUCACCUCAGCCUAGUCGGCCUGGCAGCCUUGGAACCUCUCCCACCAAACACAUGGGAUCCUCUCCACGCAGUUCUGACUGGUUCUUUAGAACUCCUUUACCAACAAUCAUCGGCUCUCCUACUAAGGCCACAGCUCCUUUCAAAAUCCCUAAAACGCAAGCGUCUUCCAACCUGCUGGCCUUGGUUACUCGUCAUGGGCCUGCUGAAGGGCAAUCCAAAGAUGGGAAUGACCCCCGGGAGUGCUCCCAUUGCCUUUUAGUGCAAGGAGGUGAGAGGCUGCGGUCUGAGCAGCAGAAUAAGGCAGUGUUUGGCAGGUCUGUCAGUACUGGGAAAUUGUCAGAUCAACCAGUAAAGACACCUUUGGGUGGACACCAGGGCAGCACGGACAGCUUAAAUACUGAACGGCCAAUGGAUGUAGCUCCUGUAGGGGCCUGUGGUGUUGCGCUGGCACCUCCUGCAGGGACGGCAGCAAGUUCUAGGGCCGUCCUCUUCACUGUGGGGUCUCCUCCACACAGCGCCAUGGCCCCCACUUGUGCCCACAUGGUCCUUCGAGCAAGAACAACCUCAGUGGGAUCCAGCAGCUCAGGAGGCUCUCUGUGCUCUGCGAGUGGCCGUGUGUGUGUGGGCUCCCCACCUGGGCCGGGAUUGGGCUCUUCCCCCCCAGGAGCAGAGGCAGCUCCCAGCCUGAGAUACGUGCCUUACGGUGCUUCGCCCCCUAGCCUAGAGGGGCUCAUCACCUUUGAAGCCCCUGAACUGCCAGAGGAGACGCUGAUGGAGCGAGAACACACAGACACCUUACGCCAUCUGAAUGUGAUGCUGAUGUUCACUGACUGUGUGCUGGACCUGACAGCUGUGAGGGGAGGAAACCCUGAGCUGUGCACAUCUGCUGUGUCCUUGUACCAGAUUCAAGAGAGUGUGGUUGUGGACCAGAUCAGUCAGCUGAGCAAAGACUGGGGGCGGGUGGAGCAGCUGGUAUUAUACAUGAAAGCAGCACAGCUACUUGCGGCUUCUCUGCAUCUUGCCAAGGCUCAGAUCAAGUCUGGUAAACUGAGCCCAUCCACAGCUGUGAAACAAGUUGUCAAAAAUCUGAAUGAACGCUAUAAAUUCUGCAUCACCAUGUGCAAGAAACUUACAGAAAAGCUGAAUCGCUUCUUCUCUGACAAACAGAGAUUUAUUGAUGAAAUCAACAGUGUAACUGCAGAGAAGCUCAUCUAUAAUUGUGCUGUAGAAAUGGUUCAGUCUGCAGCCCUGGAUGAGAUGUUUCAACAGACUGAAGAUAUUGUUUAUCGCUAUCAUAAGGCAGCCCUUCUUUUGGAAGGCCUAACUAAGAUUCUACAGGACCCUUCAGAUAUUGAAAAUGUACAUAAAUAUAAAUCUAGUAUUGAAAGAAGAUUGUCGGCACUCUGCUAUAGCACUGCGACCGUGUGAGCAGCAGCAGGCUCGUCCCGCGGACCAGCAGUGGGAGCGUGAGGUGAUGCAUUUGGGAUUACAGCUUGGGUUCUGUCACCCACCCCAGGAAGCUAUAGUUUCUUAACUGGUGACUACCAAAGAACAAGCAGUGAUUUCAAAACGGAAAAACAAUCCAAAAACUACGUAUUUGUCGGAAAUCUGCCUUAUCGGAGAAAUCACCCCCUCCGUUUUUCUUUGUAGAAGCAGAAGCAAGAGUGUUCUACUGGGCUGCCAAUUUGAACUUGGUAAAUAAACGUACCUUAGAACUAG